AGGGGCCAGUCCGGGACGCGCAUCCGCGAGGGAGCAUGAGACUCACGGUCUGCGUGCUGCUCUGCGCGGCCCUGGGUCUGUGUGUGGCCGUCCCUGAGAGAACUGUGAAAUGGUGCACGGUGUCAGAUCAUGAGGCCCAAAAAUGCUUCAGUUUCCGGGAUAAUGUGAUAAAAGUCCUUUCUGCGGAUGGUCCCCUGGUGGCCUGUGUGAAGAGAACCUCCUAUCUUGAGUGCAUCCAGGCUAUUAAGAACAACAAAGCAGAUGCUGUGAACCUCAAUGCAGGGUGGGUGUUUGAUGCAGCCCUGGACCCCUACAACCUGAAACCUGUUGUGGCAGAGUUCUUUGGAUCAAAAGACAGUCCACACACUCACUAUUAUGCCGUGGCGGUGGUGCAGAAGGGCAGCGGUUUCCAGCUAAACGAGCUGCUAGGCAGGAAGUCCUGCCACACAGGCCUGGGCAGGUCCGCCGGCUGGAACGUCCCCAUCAACUUGCUUCUCCCAGCUUUGCCGGAGCCCCGAGUGCCAAUUGAGAGUGUGGUGUCCAGGUUCUUCUCCGGCAGCUGUGUCCCCUGUGCAGACUGGAAAAGCUAUCCCCGCCUGUGUCAACUGUGUGCUGGGACCACGACCGACAAAUGCGCCUGCAACUCCCAGGAGCCAUUCUUUGGCGACUCGGGUGCCUUCAGGUGUCUGAAGGAUGGUGUUGGGGAUGUGUGCUUUGUGGGGCACAUGACGGUGUUUGAGAACCUGCCAGACAAGGCCGACAGGGACCAGUAUGAGCUGCUCUGUCCAGACAACACCCGGAAGCCGGUGGACUCAUACAAGGAAUGCCACCUGGCCCAGGUUCCUUCUCAAGCCAUCGUGGCCCGAGAUGUGGAUGGCAAGGAGAACUUGAUCUGGGAGCUUCUCAACAAGGCACAGGAACUUUUUGGCAAAGACAAGUCGGCAGGAUUCCAGCUCUUUGGCUCUCCUUAUGGAAAGGACCUGCUGUUCACGGAUGCCGCCCGAGGUUUCUUAAAGGUCCCCCCGAAGAUGGACGCCUGGCUGUACCUGGGAUACAAGCAGGCAGCACACAUUCAGGAUCUAAGGGGAGGUGAAGGCGACUCCCAGACGGUGGUGCGGUGGUGCGCCGUGGGGCCUCACGAGAGGGCCAAGUGUGACAACUGGCACGCUGUGAGUGGCGGUGCCAUAGACUGCACCACGGAGGACAGCCCCGAGGACUGCAUCGCAGCCAUUGUGAAAAGAAAAGCCGAUGCCACGAGCCUGGAUGGAGGCCACGUCUACACCGCGGGCAAGUGUGGUUUGGUGCCGGUCCUGGCAGAGAACUACAAGUCCAAAGAUGGCAGCGAGGAGCUCGGCUCGAAGUGUGCGGAUACGCCCACAGACGGUUCUUAUGCUGUAGCAGUGGUUAAGAAGUCAGAUGCCCACCUCACCUGGGACACUCUGAGAGGGAAGAAGUCUUGCCACCCCUCAGUUGGCACGUCUGCAGGCUGGCACAUACCCAUGGGCUUGCUAUGCAACCAGACCACAUCCUGUAAAUUGGAUGAAUUCUUCAGUCGAAGCCCCUGUGCCCCCAACAGCCAGGAGACCUACUACGGCUCUGCGGGAGCUUUCAGGUGUCUGGUGGAGAAGGGAGACGUGGCCUUUGUGAAGCACUCCACAGUCUUGCAGAACACUGACGGAAAGAACCCUGCCCCCUGGGCCAAGCAUUUGAAGCAGGAAGACUUCGAGUUGUUGUGCCUUGACGGUACCCGGAAGCCUGUGACGGAGGCUCAGAACUGCCACUUGGCCAUAGUCCCAAAUAAUGCGGUGGUCUCAAGGAAAGAGAAAGCUGAGUUUGUUCGCAGAAUACUCUUCAACCAACAGGAGCUCUUUGGCAGAAAUGGGUUUGAAUAUGCCAUGUUCCAGCUGUUCACGUCAUCUGGCAACGACCUGCUGUUCAGCGAUGACACGGAGUGUUUGGCCUCCCUGCAGAACAAAACGACAUAUGAGCAAUUCUUAGGGCCGGAGAACCUGAUGGCUGUUAAGAACCUGAGACCGUACUUAACUUCUGAACUUCUGGACGCCUGCACAUUCCAUGAAAAGUAAAGCCCAGUCAAGGAUUGGGCUUGUCGGCCUGGUGGACCACCUUCUCCCCUGUUUCCACGUGGGCAUGGUGGACCACCUUCUCCCCUGUUCCCACGUGGGCAUGGUGGACCACCUUCUCCCUGUUUCCACGUGGGCAUGGUGGACCACCUUCUCCCUGUUUCCACG